GUACUUACAACACAGUUGACAUUGGCUUCACACAAUCUCUCCUUCGCCUUUUUUUUUGGUACUCUAAUCUUUCGUGAAUUUUAUUCUUCCCUUCGUUGUCCGCCUUGCAGCUGGCACAAAACGGACGUCCGUACCCAAUUCGGCCAUUCUUUGUUUCCCCGUCGAACUGUUCGCCGCUUUCUCACGCACGAUUACUUUGUCCCCAUCGCUCUUUAUCCCCAAGUCCAACAAACGACAUCGAAACGCUCGGACGUCGAUUCCACUUGCCAGAACGAGAAACGAGGUAUACCGGGGAAAGAGCAGGGACAAUGCAGGAAUAGAAACAUCCGCAUACUGGGCCGCCCGAUCAUUGAAUUUGUAACGAGGGGGGAGACAAACUAAAACGAGUCUCAGGAAGUGGGCACCUGUUUUGGGCCAUCUCACCAACACACACAUGCGUCCUGCUGUUCGGCCUGCGCUGCAGAGACGAUGCCGCCGAUAACGCAAUCAGACAAGGCUUCCAGACAGUCGUCCGCCGGCAAAGGCUUCUUCAGUAGGCGCCAUCGCGACAAAGCCGACAGCCGCUACGAUGGAGGAGGAGGAGGGACCCUAGCUACACCAGAACCAAACAUCAAUGGCUCCUGGACGUCUAGGCAUUCCAAAAGGGAGUCAGUCGCCUCGAACGAUGGUCAGGAAGGGGAUGGGGGCGGCCUCAACAUGACCGCAGGCGUCAUCACCUCGAUACCUUACUCCGCGACCGACCGAUCCCAAACCCCCGUGACCGUCGACUACCUGCCUCGGGAGGAUCAAAUCACCUCGAGACGAGAGCCGCAGCCGCAUCAGCUGGCUCGCGGGUCCGACUUUCAUCAGUAUCCCGCCUUCAGUUCUUCCUCGACGAAUGGCGCCUCGCAUCCGACAGGGCCUCGCCCGCCGCCUCACGUGAACCCCAACGGUGUCACCAUGGCUUCGAGCCAGGCAGGAGAUCGCGGGACAAAAUACCAACAGUGGGGUCGGCCGGGCAGCAGUAACGGCCCUCAACACGGCGCUUACGAUUCGGUGUCCACGAGUGACUCCUAUGGAGGAAGCAGACGGAAGUCGUUUGACGGUGCCAGCAUAAAGUCAACUGCCUCGUCCGCCACGGCAGGGUCGAGCCUUUUUUCAUCCGACAGAUCUUCAAGAACAGCGGUCCCUUCACGGCAAGACUCCGAUACCUCGAUGGGAGUGGUGUCCCCCACGCACUCCCGACUAUCAAAGCUUAGUUCGCAUGCCGGCUGGCCGGCGCAACAAUCUUCACCGUUCAGUUCGACUACCUCGUUCACACCUGCCGGGUUCUAUCUUCCGAAGCCGCAAAGCGACGAGGAAAUCGAGAAGUUGUUUUUGCAACUCAUGCAUAAGCGUGGUUGGCAGAAUCUGCCCGAGCAAGCGAAACGGCAGAUGAUGGCAUACGCGCCCGCGAAGAAAUGGACGCUCGUCCAUCAGGAUAAAUUGACGGAGUGGCAGGGCGAACAAAAGAGAAGACAGCAGGCUCGCCAAACGGGUACCAUGGACGGCCCGACAGCAAGGGACGUCGAGGGCACUCCUGAAUGGUACGUCAAGAAGAUUUUGGAUAAUAGUAUAUCUGCGAAACAACUGCAGAGUUUGAGCGUCAGCCUGAGAACACAACCAAUCAGUUGGGUCAAGGCAUUCAUCGAGGCACAAGGCCAGGUCGCUUUGACCAGUGUCUUGUUAAAGAUUAAUCGACGCCAGGCGAGUGGCCCGACUCCAGUCAGCACCACUGGUUCAGCAGAAAAGGAUCUCGACAGGGAGUACGACAUCGUCAAAUGUCUGAAAGCCCUGAUGAACAACAAGUAUGGUGCUGAUGAUGCCUUGACCCACGACCAGAUCCUGGUAGCGCUGGCCACGUGCCUGAUAUCACCACGAUUGACCACACGGAAACUUGUCAGCGAGGUGUUGACGUUUCUGUGCCACUGGGAUCAAGGACAGGGUCAUCUGAAGGUGCUUCAAGCCAUGGACAUGGUCAAAAACCAGAUCAACGAAAAUGGCCGCUUUGACGCUUGGAUGCGUAUUGUCGAAGUCACCAUCGACGGCCGAGGUAAGAUGGGCAGUCUGGUCGGGGCCAGUGAGGAGGUUCGAAGUGGUGGUAUUGGUAUGGAAAACCUUUUGAUGGAAUAUGCCGUCGCCACGUUGGUUUUGAUCAACAUGUUGGUCGAUGCCCCCGAACGUGAUCUGCAAUUACGAUGUCAUAUCAGGGCGCAAUUCAUUGCUUGUGGCAUCAAACGGAUACUGGUGAAGAUGGAAUCUUUCCAGUACGAUGUCAUCGACAAGCAGAUUGCCAAAUUCCGCGAGAACGAAGCCAUCGACUAUGAAGACCUGCUUCAGCGAGAAGGUAACAGUAUGGUGGACAGUAUAGAAGGUGAAGUCAAGGACAUGACAGACCCCAUGCAGAUUACCGACGCCAUCAUGUCCAGAGUCCAAGGUAGCAGGACGCAAGACUACUUCAUUUCUGCCAUGCAGCACAUGUUACUACUGCGCGAGAACAACGCGGACGAAAGGUUGAGGAUGUUCCAGUUGGUCGACUCUAUGCUCAGCUAUGUCGCUAUGGAUCGCCGACUGCCAGAUAUGGAUCUGAAGCAAAGCCUGAACUUCACAGUACAGAAUCUUUUGGAUAGGCUGCACACCGACGAUGAAGCUCGUAUCGCUUUUGACGAGGCGACAGAGUCGAGGCAGAUUGCAGAAGCCGCCAUUGCCGAACGAGAUGAAAUGGCAGCCCAGAUCUCUCUUGGUGCUGAUGGGAUGGUCAAGAAAUUACAAAAGCAAGUGGAGGAGCAAGCUGCCAUCAUUGAAAUGCAGUCAAGGCAAGCAGAGGCCUUGAAAUCCGAAGUUGCGGAGCUCCAGCGCAUCAGAGCACAAGAGCUCCAACGAAACGAACUUGAAAGUCGCGAACUGUACCUUAUGCUUAGAGAUGCACAGGAAGUCGCAGCCUCUCGCGCCGCCAAAGAUGGCACUACGGGCCAAGAUCCAACUCAGAUGCAGGGCAUUUUGGACAGAGAGAAGCUGAUGGAGCGCCUAGAGCGAAAUCUGGAACGCACCAAAACACAGUUCAAGCUUGAAGGCAAAGUCUGGGGCCAACAAGGCCCGUCGGAUAGGCUCAGAGAGCUCCGUGAGAAGAUGGACGAUAUGGUCGACGCUGAUUUCCAGGAGAAGACGAAGAGACAUCUCACAAAUAGUGUCAUGGGAAGUGUCCACCGCAGUAACGCUCUGAAGGGAUCUCGAAGAGCUGCAUUGGAAGCGUUGUCAAUCAGCGAAGAGGCCGAAAACGAACACGAGUCUGGUGAAGAAGACGAAGCAGUGGUUUAUGAGAAGCCAAGGCUCGUCGAGUUCUCAAGGCCCAAGAUCCAUACGGAACAGCAGUCUAAUCUGAUGGGCGAACUCACUUCGAAGGUGAAGAAGCUGGACGAUGACAGUGAUGAUGCGACAGCGGACAGCGACGGCAUCACAACUGGGCCUUCCCAUCCAAGCCUCGGGUCCGAGUCUCCCAAGACGCCCACUGAUGAAGCACACGGUGAAGCUAAGUUCAAUGGUCCUCCUCCGCCCCCGCCGCCACCACCACCUCCAGGAUCAUCGGAGCCUUCUCCGGCUCUUAUACCUGGAUUUGAGGCCGGCGCACCCCCUCCACCUCCACCUCCGCCGCCUGGAAUGCCUCUUUCUCCUACAACCCCGUCAAUGCCUGGCUUCGCUGGAGGUCCGCCUCCACCACCUCCUCCGCCGCCGGGUUCACUUCCUAUGAGCCCUAUCUCACCUGCUGCACCCCCACCUCCUGGCGCUCCGCCGCUUCCAGGACUCCAGCAUGGCCAUUUCCUUCCCCAAUCACCUAUUGUACCGGUGCCUAUGCUUAAGAACCCAAUCAUGCGUCCCAAGAAGAAGCUCAAGGCUUUCCAUUGGGAUAAAGUAGACACGCCACAAGUUACGGUAUGGGCAAGCAGUACAAGCACGGAAGCCAAGGAAGAGAAGUACCGCGAGUUGCAAAGAAAGGGCGUGCUCGACGAAGUCGAGAAACUCUUCAUUGCCAAAGACAUCAAGAUUAUCGGUGCUGGUGCUGGCAAGGGUAAGAACGACAAGAAGCAGAUCAUCAGUAGUGAUAUGAUGAGAAACUUCCACGUGUCAAUGGCAAAGUUCAAGAACGCCACCGCCGAUGACGUUGUACGAAAGAUUAUUCAUUGUGACCGAGAAGUACUCGAAAACAACGUUGUGAUGGAUUUCCUGCAGAGGGAAGAUCUCUGCACGAUCCCCGAAAACAUUGCGAAGCUCAUGGCUCCUUACAGCAAAGACUGGACUGGGCCUGACGCGCUGACUUCUAAGCGGGAGCAGGACCCAUCUGAGUUGACCAGAGAAGAUCAAAUUUAUCUUCAGACCGCGUACGAGUUGCACCAUUAUUGGAAAGCCAGGAUGAGAGCUUUGGCCUUGGCCAGGAAUUACGAAAACGAGUAUGACGAGAUCUCGGCCAAGCUGAAAGAGAUUGUCAACGUAUCGGAGGCCAUUCGGGACUCGACCUCUCUAAUGAGCGUCUUGGCUCUUAUUCUCGAUAUCGGUAACUACAUGAACGAUUCGAAUAAGCAAGCAUCUGGAUUCAAACUCAGUUCGUUGGCGCGCCUGGGCAUGGUGAAGGACGACAAGAAUGAAACAACUUUUGCAGACCUCAUUGAGCGAAUCGUGCGCAACCAGUAUUCUCAAUGGGAAGUCUUCGUUGAGGACAUCUCUGGAGUCGUGCCUGCCUCGAAGCUGAACGUGGAUCAAUUGCGCCUCGAUGCGAAGAAGUAUAUCGACAACAUCAAGAACGUUCAAGCUUCGCUGGACGCAGGAAACUUGAGUGACCCUAAGAAGUUCCAUCCUCAAGAUCGCGUGGCUCAAGUGGUUCAGAGAUCGAUGAAAGAGGCAAGACGGAAAGCCGAGCAAAUGCAACUAUACCUGGAAGAGACUUCACGAACGUACGAUGAUAUUAUGACCUAUUUUGGAGAAGAUAAUCAAGAUGAGAAUGCCAGGAGAGAAUUCUUUAGUAAGCUCGGUGGCUUUGUGACGGAAUGGAAGAAAUCGAGAGAAAAGAACACUGCCAUGGAAGAGACCAGGCGUCGCCUUGAGGCUAGUAUGGCUCGAAAGAGAGCGCAAGGUGGGUUGACCGCUAGCGGUGGAACAAGUGGAGCAGAAACUCCUGGCAGCCCUCAUGCAAAUGGUGCCAUGGAAGACCUACUUGCCAAACUUCGAGCCGCUGCGCCGCAAGUCAAGGAUCAGCGUGACCGAAGACGGCGUGCUCGACUGAAGGAGAAGCACGACCAGAGAAUCGCAAGUGGUCAACAGCUCCCAGAUAUCCCGACGAAGGAAGGCGUCGAAGAAAGCCGUGGGCUAGCCAGCGUCGGAGAGAAAGGCAACGAAGAUGGCCUGAGUGCAGAAGAUGGCACAAGUGGAAAGGGCGACGUUAGCGAAAGUGAAGAUGUUGCUGAUCGAGCAUUGAAAGCUCUCCAGUCAAUGAGGAGCUCUGCCCCAUCCACUGGGGAUGAGAUUGAUGUUCGGAGACGACGAGACGGUGCCGAUGAGGAACGGAAAGCCAGACGAAUGCGAAGGCGGACGGCACAUCAAAGCAGUUCCACGCGAGAUUCGGUGCAGUCACCCACCAAGAGCGCCGGAGCCGAUGACGAGACCAGACUCGAUGGAGAGGACGAGGCAUCGGUGGAUGACAAGCGGUCGUCGGGUGGGACCCUGAGUCCGACGUCGUCUCAACCACCACCACCUGCCAUCAUAGUCAGUCCCACGCCGGACGAAGAAGUGAAUGAAGAUUCCAAAAGAGAAGAAGACGGCGAUGAUGGCGCGUCGUGAGACGAGAAUCUGUAGGAGGUUUUCGUGAAUCCUUGUUGGAAGGGAAAGAGGGGAGGGAAGAAAUCAUGUCCACUUUGACACGUUGUAGUAUGGAUCGAGGGGGGUUUUGAGAAUCUUGGAUUGAGAGGGGGAGAGAGGGAGAGAAUUGCGGUGUAUCAUAUAUAUCACGCGCCUACUACAUUAUCCGCUGUUUUAUUUUUUGGUACCUUUUCAUCUAAGAGACAGAGAGAGAGGGGGAGAGGAGAAAAAAGAUACCCAGCCCGAACCACGGCGUCGAGGACACCCGAAUAUUAAUUUGCCACAACCCAUGAAAUCAAUUCACUUGUCAUCGAGAAACUUUCUCGAUCGAUUGAUUCCCAUUUUCUUUUCUUCUUGUUGGUGGAUGGGAGAAGAGAAGUAGGACUCCACGAUGUUUUUGUGUAUCCGGGGAUAAUUCUUCUUGGUCGGCGCACACCUUCCUGUACGAAUAGUAUGUAUCGCAUACGACGCAUGAUUG